AGAAUUUUGAGACCCCUUUCCACGAGAAUAUUCAGGGGGCCGUAAAAUUUGGCUCCUCAGUAAAAAGAUAAAAAUGUCUGCCCGGGGCCGACGACCCCUCAACAUCCCACCCUCCUACGCCACUGCAUUCAUCAGAGUGGCAGUCCUGGAUUGAAAGAUGGGAUUAAAAAGACAUUAUAAAUUCACAUGACUGGAUGUGCAAUUCUAAUGCACCAGGAACAGAACGUCAUUUUUUGUGUAGGUUUUCUUGAAGUCAAAUAAAAAUUUUAAAGUGAUUCUUACAAAAUAAAAUUUAUAUCUAAGGGUAAUUUCUCUACGGGGUAACUUCUAUGCCAUUUUCUUAUUUAUGUCUGUCUUGUUUUGACGAAGUUCCCUCAUCAUUUUGUAACGAUUAUAUGAAUCUCCAAUAAAAUCUUUUAAGAGAAAGAAGAAGGAGAAAACAAAAAUUAAGAAUAAAUAAAAUAACAUAGAAGUUACUUCGUAGCGAAAUUACCCCAAGUUAAACAAUUCAUUGACUUUUCUAUAUUUUAUUAUUAAUAUUUGUGUUGGCUAUAAACGGCAAAAUGGCUUCCAUAAACGUUCAACUGCUCCUUAAGUCUUAAAUUAUCUAUCGGCAUUUAAAAAAAAGACGCGUGCACAGCCAGGCAUUACUAUUACUGACGCAAGUGACGUAAGUGAUAGGAGGAAAAUAUUUAUAUACAAGGAGAGAAACACGCAGUUUGUUCAAACAAACAUGACGAACAAACAUUGAAAGUCUGAUGAAUGAAACUGUCACACACAGGCGGUGUGAUGUCAUUGGGUGGCAGCGUUGUACUGGUGUGUACGGUACAGGGGAGGGCGGACAGCACCACCACCAAACGUGGGCCGUGUGGCACCCGUUAUCGCUCAGGGUGUCACACGUGUUUGUGUACAGUUUUGUUUGAGAAUAGACUUGGAUAGGUUAGAUUGCAACUGGGGGAGUAAGGACUUGAGCUGCGUAGUUGAUGGUUGAUGGUUGCACAUGUGAUGGUUGAUGGCUGCAUCGUUGAUGGUUGAUUUUGGUGUUCAUGGAUGUUAUUAGACGUGGAUGAAUUUGUUUUUAUGUUUUUUGCAGUGGGUUUGGUUGAUAUGUGUAAAAUUAUGAUAGAUGGGGUAGUUGAUUGGCGUUACCUUAUCAGAGUGGGUGGGAUUGUGGAUGCUAUAUUUAUGACAGUGGGCGUGGUUGAUGAGUAUGACCUCAUUACAGUGGGCGUGGUUGAUGAGUGUGACCUCCUGACAGUGGACGUGGUUGAUGAGUGUGACCUCAUUACAGUGGGCGUGGUUGAUGAGUGUGACCUCCUGACAGUGGGCAUGGUUGAUGAGUGUGACCUCAUUACAGUGGGCGUGGUUGAUGAGUGUGACCUCCUGACAGUGGACGUGGUUGAUGAGUGUGACCUACUGACAGUGGGCGUGGUUGAUGAAUGUUACCUCAUGCCAGUGGGAGUGGUUAAUGGGUGUUUACAUUAUGACUUCAGGUGCUAUUUGUGGAGGUUUUAUUUAUGGCAGUGGGCGUGGUUAAUGAGUAUUAAACUUUGGAAGUGAGCUUGAUUGACGACAACUUUUAUUUGACAGUGGGCGUGGUUGAUGGAGGCUAUAUUUAGGUCAGUAGGCGUGGUUUAUAAAGGUUACAGUAAUGGAAGUUGAUAGGGUCGAUAGUUGUAAUUAAUGUGUUUGUAGGUUAUUGAUUGGUUCAAUUUUGAUUUGAUAUGCUUUUAUCAAGAAGUGGAAUUUGUAUGCUUUUUAGCGUGGUUGAUAAGCUGUUAUAGACAACUUAACGUGUUUGAUUGAUUAGACAUCGACCAAUAACCGGUCUUAUGAUAAUAAUGCCAUGCAAUAAUUUAUUGUUUCAUAGCUAAUCCAUUAUAGAACAGCACUCUAUGUACCUCAUUUAUUCGACAGCGUAAAGACAAGACCACGAACUGUCACAAUUUUUACAAGCAUGGGGCUUAAGGUAGUUUGGGCACUGGCUAUUUUUGUUCUCAGCUGGUCAUCCCAAUGUCAAGGUAAUCUAGCAAUUAAAAGAUUGUUUUUUUUUAAAAAUAAUACAAUAUUCUAAAAAUAUGUAUAGCAGAUUAUGUGUGUUUAUCUUGGUAAUUAAAGUUCUUUCUUUUUAGAAUAACUGAACAAGAUUAUAUGUUUCCAAUGAAAAAUAAAGCUUAAGACCUUAAACAUAUAAGUAAAACCAGCGAUUCUCAAACUGUGGCACGUGUUUUACUCGCGUACAAUUAACAUAAUCCUCGAUGAUCAACGUAGGUGUAUCGAGUAUCGAUAUGACGUAUCAAGUACAAGUGAAUAAAUACGUCAACGGCUUAGCACGUAUUUUUUAGUAGAUAUUUUAAGACGCAUAUAAUCUAAUAGUUUCAUCUCAUAGUCCCCUGAGUUAAACAAUCGUUCGUUCGAUGUAAGAAAAAGAACUGAACUAAAACCAUAGAUUGUCUCAACGGUUCCCAAAAUGUUAAAACGUUUGCUAAUGUGUCAAAAAUUAAAAGCUUCUUUGGGGAAAUUGUUUAUCGGUCGUCUAAAUUUAAAAGUAACACAUAUCGAAUGACAGGAACACACCGAGAACAAAAGUGUAUGGGUGUGUGUGUGGGGGGGGGGCAUACAUUUCCUAACUAAUUUAAGCGAAAACGUUACUAUAGCAAACUCCCCCACCCCCACCCCCUUUCAUAAGACUUGUAUUAAAUUGUUCGUGUUUAUUGAUGCGUUAAGAUUGUAUUGAUUCUAUUUAUAGUAACAUGACGUACGUCUUUUAAAUAAGUUGUAGUCUUCAGAAAUCAGAAAUGUUUAGUGGGCUGUCAUAUAAACAUCUAUAGAUAAUUACGUUGUGGAGGGCACGGGGCUAGGUCGGAACACGUCACGGUAUUAGAAUUAAAUAGAUUGCCAAUGAUGACCUUAACCUUGGUUCCAUUCGCUGUGUAGGCAUUCUAGAUCGUAUAACAUAUGUCAGCCUGGACAGUGGUGAAGGGACGUGGACAAAUGCCGGACGUGUGGUCGUCCAGCUGAACGGUGAACAGGUGAACGGUUCGAUCUGUGACAGUGAUUGGAAAAAUGAGGACGCCGCUGUUGUCUGCAGGAUGUUGGGAUAUGGGUAGGUAUCAAAGAUAAUAAAUGUUGGGAUAUGGGUAGGUAUCAAAGAUAAUAAAUGUUGGGAUACGGGUAGGUAUCAAAGAUAAUAAAUGUUGGGAUAUGGGUAGGUAUCAAAGAUAAUAAAUGUUGGGAUUUGGGUAGGUAUCAAAGAUAAUAAAUGUUGGGGUAUUAGUUGACGUCAAAGAUAUUAGAUAUUUGGAUAUGGGUAGGUAUAAAAGAUUGUAGAUAUUGGGAUAUGUGUAGGUACCAAAGAUACUAGAUGUUGGGAGAUGAUUAGGAAUACAAAAAAUUAGAUGUUGGGAUAUUGGUUGGUAUCAAAGAUAAUAAAUGUUGGGAUAUGUUUAGGUAUCAAAUAUAUUAAAUUUUUGGAUAUGUGUAGGUAUCAAGUAUCAAAGAUAGUAGAUGUUGGGAUAUGGGUAGGUAUAAAUGUUGAAUAAGUACGGGUAUAAAUAUAAUGUUAAAUGACACUCUGGAUCAGAGCUUCCCAAAAUGUUGAUUAUAAUAUACCCUUACCACUAUCCAAUUUCGAAGAAAACCAAUUCUCCUUAACCCACAACUUAUUCCCGUUCUAUAUUCCCCUAUGACAAAAAUGUUCAAUAAAUUCACUGACGUGUCUCAUCUCUCUGUUCACACAGUGGGGGCAGUGCCGCCCAAGUCAAGUACAAAGCGGGCAACCACAACUAUCUCAUUAGUAACAUCAAGUGUACAGGAACGGAAGGAGGACUUGGGGAUUGCGGUAGAGAUCCCGUGGUCAACUGUGGCGCCCAGGUAAGCUAUUGCGUCAUCGGGAAUCACUCUCCUGGUGAAUUGUCUGGUAACAGUUAUUCAAUAUGUAGCAACCAUUGGUCUUUACGUACGUUCGGUUAUACCGUGGCUGCUGAGGUUUAGCAAUGUUGUCGUGGUUAAAGUUUUGUUAACAUCGAGUAAACAGAACCGAGAGAAUUCAUUCAGCUUCUUCUUUUGACUCACGAAUAACACGUUUAGCAAUCAUCACCUUUAGCACUCAUCCCGUUUAGCUCACAUCACGUGCAGCACUGGUCUCAUCGUGGGCAGAGAAUAUCCUGACCGUGUGACACGGGCUUUAAGACUCCGUCUAAGACAGUGUUUACUGAAUGAUGAAAGUUUUUCCAUGUUUCCAACAGGACCCCGAGGUGGGAGUCAUGUGCCAGAACCCGACUCCUAGCGCCGUGCACGAAUUCAAGGUGGAUUAUUUCGUCCACCAAAGGCAAGCCCCACCCGCCCAUGAAGAUGUCAGGGAGACAACCAUUAACGGAUCUUGUGAGUAUGAGACGUGACGUCAUUUCAAAACUGUGAUGUCAGAUGUGUAAACGCAUAAGUAACACGAAGUCAACGGUCGUAAAAAAUAUCCCUGCUUGAAACUUGAAACAUUGCUUUACUGACAGGCUCUUCUUGACUGACAGGCUCUGCUGUACUGACAGGCUCUGCUGGACUGACAGGCUCUGUUGGACUGACAGGCUCUGCUGGACUGACAGGCUCUGCUUAACUGACAUGCUCUGCUUGACUGACAGGCCCUGAUUGACUGACAGGCCCUGCUUGACUGACAGGCUCCGCUUGACUGAGAGGUUCUGCUUGACUGACAUGCUCUGCUUGACUGAUAGGCUCUGCUUGAUCGGUAAGCUCUGCUUCACUGAGAGGCACUGCUUGACUGAAAGGUUUCGCCCAAUUCGUUUCAUCCUAUGGUACCCUUGUACCAAAGGCGACACCAUCUUCGUUGUGAUCUAAAUCUUCCCGAGGCAGCGUGAUAAACAAUUUGGGACACUUUGUAAGAAAAAACGAAGUUUAAUUAAAUAUUAGAGUUGGCAUGUUUUGUUUUGGCAACAUGGUUCAGGGACAUUUGGAAGACACAAUGUAGAAAGAUUUUCUAAAUAUCUAAGAAAGACACACUGACACACGUUUGCCUUUCAGGCCCUGGACAGGAGGUCAACAACAGAAUCCGACUCCACGGCGUGGAGGGUAAGCCCGGUAUGGGCUAUGUCCAGGUCAAUGUCGACGGAAACUGGCAGUACAUUUGUGACGACAGGUGGAAUGAGAAGGACGCUGAAGUCGUCUGCAGAGAGCUCUGUUUUUACAGGUAAUACUUUCGUGUUCCGCAUUGAACUUUGUCACUCAGGCGUAACUAUUAAUGUUGAGAUAAAUGAGUAUAGGGUUGUCUCCAAGAACAGUAUGAUUUUACAUAACAUGAAUAUAAAAUAAGUGUUAAGCCAUUCGUGUGUACCACAGCACGGAAAUGUUGUAGGUAAGCAAAUAAAGCAGUUAAAAUGUUAAAAUAGUGUUUUAGAGUGUAAAGUAAUUAAAAAUAAUGUUUGUGAGAUAAUUAAAGAUAAAUGUGUUUUUAAUAAUCGCUAUUUAAAAAUAAAAUGUUUCCAUCAAUAAAAUUUUUUAGACUACGCAUUAGGUCUAUUGCCAUUAUUCUAGUGUAAUCAAUGCAAACUUAUUAAGGUAUGGGUUUCUCUUUUGAAUUCACGCACAAAAAUAAGUAGCAGGAGGAGGCAAAACAUUUACUCCAUUAUUACACAGGUUUGGCCCAUUAUUACACAUACAUAUUUACACAUGAAGGAUAACACAUGUAUAAUGGCACAGAUUUUCGAAAGGCAAUUUUUUUUCCUAGGUAAAACCACCCUACAUUUUAUGUUUAAUCAAGACCACAUUGUUGCCCUACAGCAUUGGUCUAGGCACCCAGGUAUGCCCACGGCCUAGUGUGGAAUUUGGGUUCACACCGCCAGUGAAUGACUCUUUUAAAAUUGCUUGGGACAAUGUCCAGUGCAAUGGAUCCGAGGACUCCAUCUUCAAGUGCCAGAAAACAACAGGAAUGUCGAGGUCAUGUGCCAAGAGUGAGAUCGCUGGAGUCCAGUGUCUUGCCCUACAAGAACAGGACGCUCGUGAGUUUAAAAUAGAUUUUUUAUUAUUUAAAUUGUUUAAAAUGUGAAUAGGACGAUUUCAGAAACUCUUGGUCUUUCUUAAAGAUACUGAAUUAAAAAUUAUCUUAAUUCCAUAUUUUGACUAUAUUACCCCACACUCACUGACUAAUUCUUACCACACUCGCUGACCAAUUUUCCUACCCCACCCACCGAAUAUUUCUUACUUCACCAGUUGACUAAUUCUUAACCCAACCCUGUGACUAAUUCUUACUCCAACCUUCUGACUAUUUCUUACCCUUCUCGCUGACUAAUUCUUACCCCCACCCGCUGUUCUAAAACCAUCCCAUUUCUACAGGAAUGGAAGCACGACUGACUUGCUUUAACUUCAAUGGCGACCUUGUUGUCAACUUCCCCAUGGAGGACUUCCCGGGUAUCUCUGCCAGAAACUUGAGAAUCGUUAACCAGUCCGUCUGUGAUAUCAGCAGCAUAACCCGGAAUUCCGCCAAUCCCGGCAUCGACCUAGUCAUACCCCACAAGGCAUGCGGCACCCGGAUCUCAGUAAGUACUUUCGCAGAAUCUUCAUAUUUUAAAACCGGAUGGAUAUUUCCUGUAUUCAGGUAACAUAAAUAUCCAUCGAUGGAUUCCUUCCCACACAUUCUACAAAUAUCCAUCGAGGGAUUCCUUCCCACACAUUCUACAAAUAUCCAUCGAUGGAUUCCUUCCCACACAUUCUACAAAUAUCCAUCGAUGGAUUCCUUCCCACACAUUCUACAAAUAUCCAUCGAUGGAUUCCUUCCCACACAUUCUACAAAUAUCCAUCGAUGGAUUCCUCCCCACACAUUCCACAAAUAUCUCUUUCUCACCCUUAAAUAGAAAAAAUUUUGUCAAUUAAUUUUUUUAAAAUUAAAAGGUCAGUGUUACGGUAGUGUGAUACAAUUUUAUAAAAUAAAGCACACACAAAAAUUGUUCAGCCAAGCGUUAUUAAUUUUGUUUGACAUUUGUACAACAAGGACACGUGACCAUCUUGACCUGGGAGCAGCGGAGAACGUUUAGCAUGAUCAGGUUUAGUCCCCCCCCCCAACCCCCACCAGCUGGGCGGGCCAAGAAUCCCCACCUGCCACGAAAAAACUCGACAGUUGUCCGAAAAUACAUCUCCUCCAAAUAAAGAAAUACAAUUCCGCAAGGGAUGGACCCCCCUCCUUAAGCCACUCCAUACGCUACGUAUUCCAAUAAACCUUAGGUGAAUUAAGACAAAAAAAAUCGAAUCUUGAUCCGUGUAUUGUGAUUCCACUGCCUGUCAUUAAGCCGUCACAACCAGGAAUGUCUAGAGAGUUUCUACCUGCCCCACCCCUUGCAACGUUACCAAACAUGUCUAAAAUGUAUCUUUGCUCCACUCAAAGUCUUACGUAGUCAUAUAAAACAUAAAUCAAAGACUCCUAUCAAUAAAUAUGUGGAUCAAAAUUCCAAAAGGAAAAGAAUUUAUGAAAUAAGCGACCGAAUUUAUGCUUCAGAUUUUUAGUAAUUCUUAAAUACCUGGACGAAAUUUGAAUUCGUUUGCAAUGUUUGGAUUAGAAAUGUUUGGAGAAAUUAUAUUUUAAAAAUGUCAUGCUUCAAGUAAUAAAUUGUAAAAUGACUUCAAUCACUAUCAACAAUAAUUUUAUUGACAAGUCAAUAACAGCACAAUAAUUUCAUGUAAUAAGCUGUAAUAAUACUUCUAUCAAUAUCAACACCAUUUUACGUCACAGGUCAAUAACAACACACACCUGUGCUACCAAAACGUAGUUGAGUAUGACAACGAGAUCUACAAGCAGGAUGUGCUGUUGGAGUUCAAGAAAAAGACGUAAGUCACAACUGGUCAAGCUCUUUAGUUAUAAUGAUUAUCUUCCUUUACAUGUCUAUCAUGUCAUCUUAUCACAAAUGGCCGAGCACUAUAGUUAUCAUUAUCAUCAAUAUUUACAUACCCAAACUGUCGUCUUAUACCAAACUGGUCAAGCACUAUAGUAACAAUGGUCAUCUCUCUUUACAUACCCACCCUUAGUUUUUAUAGAUAAGUUUAGGACUAUGAUAGUGGUUAUCUCUAUUCCAUUGCGAGUAUCACAGUUUCAAAUCCUCAUGGUGUCCCUAACACUGUCCCAAUAGUUCUAAACAUCAUCAUCACCAAAGCAUAAUUGCUCUUCAUAAUAUUUUAAUAUCAGUAAUGCUAUCUUAUGUCAUUUGCCAGCUUUGAUUGUGUAUAUUAUGAUUCGCUCUUCAGUUAUUGUUUCCUUCCAGAGAUUCACACUAGAAUGUAGCCUUUUGUUUUCUUCCAAAGAUUCACAUUAGAAUAUGGCAUAUUAUUAUUAUUUUCUUUCAAAGAUUCACAUUAGAAUGGUGCAUAUUGUUUUCUUUCAAAGAUUCACAGUAGAAUGGUGCAUAUUGUUUUCUUUCAAAGAUUCACAGUAGAAUGGUGCAUAUUGUUUUUCUCUAUAGGUUCACAGUUGAAUGUUGCAUGCCUCACGAAAAAGACGUCAGCAUUAAAUUCGUACCACAGACAGCAGAAAGCGCCACCAAAAUCAUCCGUACUUUCGACUACAUGGUAAGUUAUACACUAAACCACAUCUAUAGUUAUAUUGAUACCUUCGACUACAUGGUAAGUUAUACACUAAACCACAUCUAUAGUUAUAUUGACAACUUCGACUACAUUGUAAUUUAUACACUAAACAACAUCUAUAGUUAUAUUGACACCUUCGACUACAUGGUAAGUUAUACACUAAACCACAUCUAUAGUUAUAUUGACACCUUCGACUACAUGGUAAGUUAUAAACUAAACCACAUCUAUAGUUAUAUUGACACCUUCGACUACAUUGUAAUUUAUACACUAAACCACAUCUAUAGUUAUAUUGACACCUUCGACUACAUGGUAAGUUAUACACUAAACCACAUCUAUAGUUAUAUUGACACCUUCGACUACAUGGUAAGUUAUACACUAAACCACAUCUAUAGUUAUAUUGACAACUUCGACUACAUUGUAAGUUAUAUACACUAUACCACUUCUAUAGUUAUAUUGACAUAGGUAAUAUUCAAUCAAAGUUUCAUUAACCUUAUAAAUGUAUUAGAGUGACAUGUGAUUAUUUCAGUCCAAAUAAUUCACUUUAUCUUAUCAGAUUAUGAAGACGCCUGGUAAAAUUAAAAUAAUUUCAUUAUAUCCCAGCUUGAAAUCUGCUACUUAGAUAAAAAAUAAUUUCAUUAGGCCUAUAUCACAAUUUGAAAACAGCUUCUUAAAUAAAAUCAUUUCAUUAUACCCUAGCCUAAAAUCAGAUUUUAAAAUAAUGUCGGUUCAUAAUCCAUCAGCCUGAAAUCAGCUUCUAAAAUAAAAAACUAAUCUCCUCCCAGCCUGAAAUCAGCUUCUACGAGAACGAGCAGUGUGACAGGAAGAUCACCGCCAACCCGUACUCCGUGGAGGUCGGCAAGUGGGUAUACAUUGGUAUCAAGGUCACGGCCGAGUCCAGCUCCCUGUUCACGGAUGACGACAUGAAGCUCGUGAUCACCGGCUGCACGGUCAACCCGGUCGGCAACGGCACAAGUCCUCCCAACGUGCCACACAUGACACUCAUUGAAAACAAGUACGUCCUUCCAUUUGGUUGGCAUUGUUAUUGGAAGAAAAAAGCAAUGAUAAAAAUGGAAAGGAUAAAAAUGACAAUGAUAAAAGUGAUAAUAUAAAUUGAAGCAUUUUUAUUUUAAGUUUCUAAUUUUAAAAGUAUUCUUUUAUAUUCUUAUAUUGUGUGUACAUAGCUUUUAGUUUGAUAUAUUAUUGUGUAACUCAGCUUUAGGAUUGAAUCUUCAAGCUAAAUAGUCAUACGCCCAUAUAUAUAUAUACUACUUUAAAGCCUACUUAAUAUAAAAACAUACAUCCAUAUUAUACAUGAGAUAUUUUCAUGAUAUAAUACAGCGGUGAACAUAACAUUUGAAAAUUUGGUGACGUUUUAAAGAGAUGCUUUCUUGCAAGAUAUGGCAUCCAUUGAUCUGAGUAAUGCUCCUCAAAAUCAUCCUUGCCAAACCCCAAAUUAUUUGGGCCAAUAUUACUGCCUCACAGCCCGAGGUGUCAGAGAAUUAUAUUUGAACUUCCUUCAUUCCCCCGAAACAUUUUUAUUUGCAGGUGUCCAGCAGACUUUGACAGUGUCACCACCUACCCCAUCAGCAACACCACUGAAGGGUUUCGCUUCAGGGCUUUCAAGUUCUUCGGCUACUCCUCUGUCUACGUCUCAUGCCACCUUCGUGUUUGCCUGAUUACAGACCCCAAACCACAGUGUGAUCGGUAGGGUGUCUUGAGAAUAGUUUAACUUAUAGAUUUGUUUACAAAGCACGGUUUGAUCAGUAGGAUGUCUUGAGAAUAGUUUUACUUAGAAAUAGGUUUAAAGCUGCAUAGCCUUUAAUGGUAACGUAGUCAAAACUCCAAAGAUUGUUGGAUGAAGUUAAGCAACAUUGACAAAAACAUUGGAGGCAAAUCAAUACAAAUUAUGUUUUGGAAGAGCAUGUGAAAGGAAAUAAUAUUUCAAAUCAAUUUUUAAAAAUACAUUACAGAGAAAUUAAUAAGUUAAAAUCAAUUAAGAAAACAAUUUUAUGCAAAUACCCCCAUCGACCGAUUAUUAAAAAUGUAUAGUCAUUGAUCCUGAGUGGAAUAGUUCUUCAAUCAUUAGCCGAGAAAUACAACAUCUUUCUUAGUCACAUUUUGGGCGUCUGUGGUAUCUGAAUCAUUUCUGGGCCAAAUUACUUGACCAUGACUCUAUUUCUGUAAAAGCACAGUAGGAAAAAAAAAGUUAUUAAUAGGUCAUUAAUCAACUAUAAAGUGUCGACAGUGAGUUAAACAUUCUAUAAUCCCACAGAUCCUGCAUUCCCGCUGUCCCUGGACGUCGUCGCAGACGUGACAUUGCCAACAACGUGAUGGGACUGGACAAUGUCAUCUCCAAGACUCUGUACAUUGUCGAUCCCAAAGACCAACAGCAAUAAGCAGCGCCUGGCUCAGUCAACUCGUGAAAUCAAGGAAUGCAGCAGUUACGCUAUAACUUAUUUAAACUAUUCACAAAGCUAUCAAAAUUUGACUACACAAAAAUUAGGCUGAAUUUUUAGGGGAAGAAACACACAAUUUAUUUAAAUGAAAAUUAUUUUCUAUAAACUUUUAUGAUGACGGUAGAAUUUGAUUGCAAUAAUUUUGAUAAAUAGAAAAAAAAUGGGAUUUCAUUAUUUAAAUCAUCAUGAUUGGUCGUUGUUGUCAAUUAAGAACAAAUAAAAUAAUUGCCAAAUUGCAUUCUAAUUUGUUAGUUAGUUAUUUAGAUUCCAAAGACCUUUAUUUAUUUAUUUUUUGUCUUAAGAAAUCUCUUGUGGGUGGUUUUAUUUGCACUUUUAAAAUAUUCAUGCUUUACAUGCAAAAUUUUUAUUAAAAUGUUUGAAUCUUUAAUUUAUUGGUGGAAACUUUUUUUUAAAAUGGGAAUUGCAUAAGGUGUUUCUUGGAAACCCAAAUUCGGAG